AAGUAGGUCACGUGAUAUUACGAGCCUUGAAUGGUUGGUGAAAGGCACUCGUUCGCACAUGUCUACGGUAUCUUUUAGAUUUCUGUCGUAGGAGCCUGCGGUCGCGUUUUCAUCUCGCGCUAUUAAAAGAUAUACAGUAUGAAGCUAUACAGCGUUUCGGACGGUCCACCGUCUCUUGCGUGUCAGCAGCUGUUGAAGACUUUGGAUAUUAAGUAUGAAUUGGUCAACGUGGAUUUUGGGAAAGGCGAGCACAUGACUAAGGAAUACGAAAAGCUAAAUCCACAAAAAGAGGUACCUACUCUUGUUGACGACGAUCUUAUAAUGGGCGAAACCAACGCAAUUUUACAAUAUUUAGCCGACCAGUAUGAUACGAGCGGUAAAUUGUAUCCGAAGGCACCGAAGUUGCGAGCGAUUGUUAAUCAUCGUCUGUGUUUCAAUUUAGCACUUUAUUACCGCAACAUCUCCGAAUUUACCUUGCAGCCGAUAUUUUUUGAUUAUCAACGCACGCCGUUGAGUCUUAAGAAAACGAAAAUCGCACUGGAUAUCUUUAACACGUAUUUGCAACGCGAAAACUCAGAGUAUGCAGCAGGCAACAACUUGACAAUCGCCGAUUUUCCGCUGAUAACCGCGACGAUGUGCCUGGAAGCCAUCGACUUCAAAUUGGACGCGUGGCCCUACGUGACGAAAUGGUACGACAAUUUCAAACGGAAACAUCCUGAUCUCUGGGAAAUCGCGGCGGGUGGAAUGCGGGAGAUCAGUUAUUUUGAGAAACAUCCGCCCGAUUUGUCCGGUAUGGAUCAUCCAAUACAUCCGGUGCGCAAAAGCGCGUGAGAGAGUUUCUUGCGGGAGAAUCGAGCAGUUUAGAACAGUUACAAACGCUGUUCUGAAUAUUGUAGAUUUGCAGUUUCUUUAGCGUAAUACGAAAAGAAUGAUAACAAAAGUGAUAUUUUUACUAAACUAGAUAUAUUAUUAACACAAUCACAUUCGUUCUCUCAAUGUUUCCAUAAUAUUCCUCUUGUAUAUUAACGUUAAACUAGAAUCUCUAUUACAACGUAUCUUUACAAUAAAUAUAUUAUAAUUAUUACGGCUACAACCGUCACGUGUUAAUUUUUGUGUAAUUGACAAUAUAUGUACAAAUGAAAUAAAUCUGUCGACAUACAUUCCGGCGUACUCUUAAUCAAAAUGUUGAAAUUAAUUGUGAAACUUGUAGGUGAUAUCUGUCAGAAUUAUGUACAAAAUUGUAUCUAGCAACACAAAUAGAUAUAAUUGUACUUAUUGUAGAUAAUUCAUGAAAAGUAACAAUCGGUGUAAAAUAAUUCUAUGAAAAAAUGUCGUAUGUAACACUUAUAAAAAUAUAUUUACGAUCAAUAUA